AUGGGUGCCGCUGCCAAGAAUACGUCCUCAAGGAGUCACCAUCCCAAAAAGCAACGCGUCUCGGCCAAGCACACGGCACAUGAUCAACCCCCACGAAUGGCACCCACCGAAAAAUUGGAACAAGGACGUCAUCAACACCAACACCACCCUAUCGUCGAACACGACGAUGACCUAUCCCACGCAACGUCUGAUCGAAACACUGGGACGUCCUUGUCCGAGACUACCAAAGCGACCCGUACAGUGUCGGAAACGUGUGAUUAUAUUGCCGAGUUGAGUGAAGCCAUACUGGAACAACCGGACAAGGCCUUUAUCAGCAGCGAAAUUCCCAAUCCGGCCAAUCCGCGGUAUCCCAAACAGGGGCCGUCCAAAAUGAAGCAGUUGCUCGUUCUCGCCAACGCAUCCGUAGUGCCUCGGCACAACAACCACAACACCGAUAACGACGAUCCGUCGUCCCACAGCGCGUAUACCUCACAGCUAGCGACAAUGUCGUUGCUCGCCAUUUUUCGAGACAUUCUGCCCUCCUACCGGAUCAAGCUCCCGACCACGCAACAAGCGGCCGUCAAAGUUUCGAAAGAAACCAAAGUACUUUGGGAUUACGAACGUGCACUCCUGCAAUCCUACCAGGAAUACCUACAAAUCCUCGAACACUGUUGGGAUGCCACCCGCACUGCUCCGCAUCCGUCCCAACUAGGGGUCACGAGUAUCCUCAGUCUCUGCGAACUCCUCAAAUCGGCGUUUCAUUUCAAUUUCCGCUCCAACCUACUCACGGUCGUGAGUCGCCAUACGAAUCAUCCCAGUACCGUGGUCGGCGAUGCGUGCUGCGCGGCCAUAGCCUACGUCUUUGCGCACGAUGCACAGGGCGAAGUUGCGCUCGAAGCUACCCGGCUGCUGGCCAAGUUCGUCAAAGAUCGGGCCUUUAAAAUUCGACCCUCCGUUCUCCGGACCUUUACCAGUCUACCCCUCCGCGUGCACGUGGACGAAGCCCAAGCGGCGAAACUGGCGGCCGCCGCCAACGCCAAGAAACGCAAAAAAGACAAGGAACUCGCCGAAAUUGACGCCGAACUCAAAGAAAGUGACGCCAAGGUGGACAAGAUUAUACUCGCACGGUGCCAAUCGGAAACGCUUCAACACGUUACGCUUACGUACUUUCGGAUUCUGAAGCACGAUAAUUUGCAAGCGGCACACGUCGAGACUCUGUUGCCGGCCGCGCUGGAGGGUUUGGCCAAGUUUGCUCAUCUCAUCAAUAUUGAUACCGUCAUGGAUUUACUCGGCGUUUUGAAGGAUUUGCUGAAAAAGAUGAACGCACUACCUCUGGAGGCCGCGCUCAAUUGCAUUUUGACAGCGUUUCAAACCUUGCAGGGGCCGGGGAAGGAAAUGAACAUUGACGUCAAGGAAUACAUUGUUCCGCUCUAUACUCAAUUACCGCGUCUGGUGGGGGACGUUAAUUGUCGUCGGCACUUGCCCACGGUACUGCUCUGCUUGAAUGCCGCCUUUAUCAAACGCCGUGAAUACUCAACGAUUCGAGUUUCUGCCUUUUGGAAACAAAUCCUGACCGUUUCCUUGCACGUACCUCCGCACACGGCGGUUCCGUUGAUAGCCUUUGGACGGCAACUUCUCCAACGAUAUCCCGUCACACACCAGAUGCUGGAAAAUGAACAAGACGUGAUUACGUCGGGAGAGUAUACACCCGACGUGGAGGAUCCCGAGCACAGCAAUCCUUUGGCCACGUCGGCCUGGGAAUUAGCCUUGGCCAAAUUCCACGUGCACCUUUCGGUUGUUCAGCAAGCACAGAGUACCGCAACGUUAAGGCUACCCAAUCUCCCGACCGAGAGUCCCGAACGCUUGUACCAGGAACUGUUUCGUGCGGAGGACGAGCUCUUUUUCUCCUUCCAGCGUGUGCGUAAAAAGCAUCCGUUGACACCGCCGAAGCAGGAUGGUAGCAAGAAACGGAAGCAGUACCGUUUCCUCACGCCGCGGGCGACGGAAUCAUUCUUGUUGAAAGCGAACGCAUUGUAG